GGUGAAUAGCUGCAGGAGAGAGCAGGAUAACAGAGCAGCUCAUUCAGCAUAGUGUUAGGAGAGAAACAAUUACCAAUAUUAUUAUAAAACGUAUUAUCAUUGGUAAUAGUAGGAGUGAGUGGUGUUGACAACCACACAUAGGCAAUGAUUGGAGUUUGAACAUGAAAUAUGACUUUAUGAGGAAUUUCAGAUGUUCAGGCAGGUGGAGGAGGGGAUGGUGUGCCUCAGCGACAAAGAGUCUUUCAUCUAGUCAUACACUGAAGCCCCUGCUUCCCACCCUCUGCCUGGUGGCCGUGGUGAUAUAUGGCCUGGUUGACAAACUCCGAAACUUUGUGGCCGGCAUCUUCAUCCCUCAGUACCACUACACGUAUGCAGUGUCUCUCUGCUUUGCCCAGGUUCUGGUCACUCUCUUAGUCUUAAAUCUCCUCCAUGUCCUGGAUCUGGUGCCUUUGAAGCAGUACUCCAGGUCCCUGGGUGAGAGGGUGCUGGUGCCUGCUAUCUGUAACAGCAUCCAUGCUGUGCUGGCCAUGUGGGCCAAGGCUAGUGGCUCGUACGCCGGCCUCUACCCCCUCACCCUGCCUCUGCUGCCCAUAGUAACCGUGGGCUUUACUUUCUACCUCAAACUGGCAUCCCCACCAUCUAUCAACAUCUCUGCUCUGAUUUCCAUCCUGAGUGGGACAUCUUUUGUCAUCACAGCCUCACAGGGUCUGGCAGAUAUUGAGCCUCUGGAGUACAUGUAUGCACCUCUGGCUUUAAUCCUCCACAGUCUUUCUCUGACUUGGCUGGCUAAAGUAUCUGAGGCUGAGCCCCUCCACUCCCCUGAUGCCCAAGCUUCCAUUUUUGACAUCUAUUACACCCAGCUGGUCAACCAGAGCUGGGUGCUAGGCCUCCUGUGGCUGCUGCACCCGGACAGUCCCUGGCAGGUGUUGAGUCAGGGCAGCUGGCACAGCCUGCUCUUUGAUGGAUACCUGCUCGCUAUUCUCCUGCUGGGGAUGCUACUGAACUUCCUGGUUGGUAUAUCGGCUCUGUGUGUCUCCCCACUCGCUGCUGCACUGCUAUACUCAGCGAGGCAGGUGGUACAGCCGUUUUCCCAACUGUUGUAGUUUCAAAAGGACUGAGAAAAAUGAUUGACUGUGAAUUACACACAUUGGAUAUUAUUCUACAUCAGUGACCACGGUGUCAUUUUAUUCUGUGGGGAAUAACAAGUUCUUCUUUCUUCUGUUCACAGUAACAUGACCUGUGCUACUGAGGCACUUUCUCUUACAUAAUAUGGUCAGCUGAGAUUAAAUACAGAAUGUCAGCAUAGAAGCAACAUGCAUGCAGUAAUUGUAAUCUUGAUAGCAUAUUGCAAACAUAUAACAAGUGAAUUAUUUACAGUCUAAAAGUCAAAAGUCUAAACAAAGACCAGUAUUUAUUUUUGUUUUCGUUUUCUUUUCUGAAACAGAUUUUCCAGGGGGCACUAAAAUGAACACGCCCGGACAGACCUGGGACACGUUAUUUGUUGCCAUGGUUUGUGGCUCAUCAGAAUCUGAAUCAGAAUCAGAAAUACUUUAUUAAUCCCCGAGGGGAAACUCUUUUGUUACAGCAGCUCACUAUCACGUCAGUGCACACAGGAAUAGAAGU